UGCGGCUGCCCCGGGGACACGCGUACCCGCGCCCACCGGCAGCCUGACAAGGAAUUUAAAACUUGUUUCAGGAAUACGGAACACUUUAUAUUCAGGAAUACAAGAAAAACAGCAAAGUGGAGUCAAGUACAUGCAGCAGCUUCAUGGGCUUGAAGGAUCAUCUGGGGCAUGACUUAGGCCACCUUUAUAUGGGGAGCACUGGCACACAAAUAAAUGCAAUUGUACCUUGGUCGAUGGCGGAGAAGCCAACGAUGGAUAAGGUUAAUUCUAGGAAAGAAGACAGAGAAAAGGAGGCAUCUGAAGAGACUUCUGGAAGCUCCAGCUGUGACUCUGAAGAAAGCACAAAUUCUGAUAAUGAUUCAGAGAGACUGAAUAAUUCUGCAUCGGAGUCACAUUUAUUGCCUAAGACUCACCGACAGCUGUGCCGAUCUCCUUGCUUAGAGCCUCAUAUAUUAAAAAGAAAUGAAAUCUUGCAAGACUUUAGGAUAGAAGAGGCUCAGUUAGUACCUAAGGAAGUCAAAAAGCCUCCUGAUGUGGUGAAAGAAUAUCAAACCAAACUGGAGUUUGCACUUAAGUUGGGUUACUCUGAAGAGCAGGUUCAACUUGUACUAAAUAAACUUGGUACUGAUGCUUUAAUAAAUGAUAUUUUGGGAGAACUUGUCAAACUUGGGAAUAAAACUGAGACUGAUCAGACUGUAACUAAUGCUAACACUAGUGUAAUGCGUGAAGCGUCUUCCAUAGAGUCUCAGAGGUCAGAGUCUCCACUGCAGGAGGAUGUGACAGAGGAUGGAGACAACCUGAGGCCAAUAGUUAUUGAUGGCAGCAAUGUUGCAAUGAGCCACGGGAACAAAGAAGUAUUUUCUUGUCGAGGAAUCAAAUUGGCAGUAGAUUGGUUUUUGGAAAGAGGCCACAAGGAUGUUACUGUGUUUGUGCCAGCGUGGAGGAAAGAACAGUCGAGACCAGAUGCUCUUAUAACAGAUCAAGAAAUCUUACGUAAAUUAGAAAAGGAGAAGAUUCUCGUGUUCACACCAUCCCGGAGGGUGCAAGGGAGAAGGGUGGUGUGCUACGAUGACCGAUUUAUAGUGAAGUUGGCCUUCGAGUCAGAUGGCAUCAUUGUCUCUAACGAUAACUACAGGGAUCUAGCUAAUGAAAAGCCAGAAUGGAAGAAGUUCAUAGAUGAACGCUUGUUGAUGUAUUCUUUUGUUAAUGACAAAUUUAUGCCUCCUGAUGAUCCUCUUGGCCGCCAUGGUCCAAGUCUGGACAAUUUUCUUAGGAAGAAACCUAUUGUGCCAGAACAUAAGAAGCAACCAUGUCCAUAUGGGAAGAAAUGUACCUAUGGACACAAAUGCAAAUAUUAUCAUCCAGAAAGAGGAAAUCAGCCUCAGCGAUCCGUAGCUGAUGAACUUCGUGCCAUGUCUAGAAGCACAGCUGCCAAAACUACAAGUGAAGGAGGACUGGUAAAAAGCAAUAGUGUUCCGUGUAGCACUAAAAGUGAAGGCACUUCAGAGCUGAAGCGUGCUGCUCCAAAGAGGCAAUCGGAUCCUAGUAUAAGGACUCAAGUCUAUCAAGACUUGGAGGAAAAGCUUCCCACCAAAAACAAAUUGGAAACCAGGUCUGUACCUUCUUUAGUUAGUAUACCAAGUUCCUCUGCUGGAAAACCCCAAAGUACUGCACCUUUAACUAACGGCCUUCCAUCCGGAGUUCACUUCCCACCUCAGGAUCAAAGACCACAGGGACAGUAUCCUACAGUGAUGAUGGCAACCAAAAAUCAUGGAACACCAAUGCCUUAUGACCAGUAUCCAAAAUGUGAGUCUCCGGUGGAUGUAGGGUAUUACUCUAUGCUGAGCGCGUAUUCAAAUCUCAGUAUAUCUGGACCGCGUAGUCCUGAAAGGCGCUUCUCCUUGGACACAGAUUAUCGGAUUAGCUCUGUAGCUUCCGACUGCAGCAGCGAGGGGAGCGUCAGCUGUGGCAGUAGCGAUUCCUACGUGGGUUACAGCGACCGCUCUUACAUGAGUUCGCCUGACCCACAGCUGGAGGAGAACUUGAAGUGCCAACACAUGCACCCCCACAGCCGCCUUAACGCUCAGCCCUUCCUACAGAGCUACCACGAGCCCCUCACUCGAGUGCAGAGCUAUAGUCACGAAGAACCAAAGCAUCACCACAAAUCUCCCAUUCCGUAUAUGGCUGUGCAUCUGCAGCAUCCAGCCGUCGGUGCUCGAUCCAGUUGUCCCAACGACUACUCCGCACCUCAGGGCUCGUCUCAUUCAAAGACGCUGCAUCUGGGGAGAGCCCUGGUGUCCACGAGAAUAGACAGCAUUUCAGACUCACGUUUGUACGAAAACUCUCCGUUAAGACACAGAAAGCCUUACUCUGGCCAGGAGGGGCUGGGAUGUUGGGAUAGGCAGAGUUACGGGAUGGAUGCCUACGGCUACCGCCAGACGUACUCCUUGCCCAGCAACCCCACGCAGCCGUGCUACGAGCAGUUCGCCUUCCAAAGCCUUCCCGAGCAGCAGGACCAGCCCUGGCGCGUACCUUACUGUGGAAUCCCGCAAGACCACCCCCCAAGGCUCCAAGACACCCGGGAGAAGGUUUACAUUAACCUCUGCAACAUCUUCCCCCCCAAUCUCGUGAGGAUGGUGAUGAAGAAGAACCCUCAUGUGACGGACGCUCAGCAGCUCGCUGCGGCCAUCUUAGUGGAGAAAUCUCAGCUAGGUUAUUGAGAGAUGACGCAUCUUUGUGGUGUCUCGUAGUUUUCAGCUCAGCUAACGCUGAGGGAGGUUUGCUACAAUAGCAUUUGGGAUCUCCUUCUCAGCAAGGAGGUUAUAUAGUAAUCCGUUUAUGUGAAAUACUGUAUCAUGGAGUCUGUAUGUAUAGCCCCAUGCAUUGGAAGUACCAGAUAAGUUUUGUGUUCUAGUUUGAAAUUUUUUAAAUGGCUAUUUUCA